GAGAGAGAGAGAGAGAGCGAGAGAGAGAGAGGGCGCGAUCCAGCAGGCUCAGCAGACUCCGGCUGGGAUCUCGGAGGCGCAUCGGCAUCCGGAUCAGGCUCCAGGAUCCUGGAGUUAGGAGAUGGACCCUCGCCACAGGAGACACGAAGGCCUGCGGAGGCAGGUGGCUCGCACGCUGACACUCGGCGCAACGCGCAAGCCGCUGGCAUGAAGUAGACGCAAGCAAAGGGUUCAGUCCGACACAGGCCGCCCAGGAUGUCGUGGGCCAGAGGCCUCUUCGCGGGCAGAGCGGGCGAGCGAAAGACGGCGUGGGGAGAGCGCAACGGCAAAAAGAAGACGGACGGGUCCUCGCCGUGCACGUCUCGCUACAUGAGCUGCCUCGGGGACCCCGAGGACCCGGAGCCCCCGAGCCCGGCCCCCCGGCGUCACCGCCCUCGAGCGGGCGCGAGCGGGGGAAACUUGGGCCUGCGCUGCGGCUGGCAAGAGGACCACUACGGGAAAAGGACGGGCGAAGGCGCGGAUCUGGCUCCGAAGGCCGCGGCCUUUGAGGACGGCGAAGCGAAGGGGACGAACCAGGAGGACUCGGCGGAGUCCGUGAGCGCCGCCGACUGCUGGACGCGAGCGGCGUGGGUUUUUCACUCCAAGAAGUUCCAGUCGGCCAAACUGGAGCGUCUGUAUCAGCGCUACUUCUUCCGACUCAACCAGAGCUCUCUGACCAUGCUGAUGGGGGUUCUGAUGGUGGUGUGCGGGGUCAUGCUGGCCUUCCACUGCAUCCAGCGGGCUCCGGACGCGGCCUACGUCUCCGUCCUCUGCGUCGCCACGGCGCUUUUCCUGGCCGUGAUGGUGGCGUGCAACCGCAACGGCUUCCGCCAGGACUACAUGUGGAUCGUGAGCUACCUGGUGAUCGGGGUGCUGAUUGUGGUCCAGGUGUUCGGGCUGCUGACGGUGUACCCCCGCAGUGCUUCGGAGGGCGUCUGGUGGACGGUCUUCUUCAUCUACAUCAUCUACACGCUGCUGCCCGUCCGAAUGAGAGCCGCCGUGCUCAGCGGAGUCGCGCUGUCGCUCAUCCACGCUCUGAUGGCCUGGCAACGCAACCGAGAGGACGAGUUCAUUUCGGAACUGAUAAGUGCCAACAUUGUCAUCUUCCUGUGCACCAACAUGAUCGGGAUCUGCACCCACUACCCCGCCGAGGUCUCCCAGAGGCAAGCCUUCCAGGAGACCCGAGGAUACAUCCAGGCCCGAAUUCACCUGCAGAGAGAAAACCAGCAACAGGAGCGCCUCCUACUGUCGGUGCUUCCCAGGCAUGUUGCCAUGGAGAUGAAGGCUGACAUCAAUGCCAAGAAGGAAGAUAUGAUGUUCCACAGGAUUUACAUCCAAAAACAUGACAACGUUAGCAUCCUGUUCGCCGACAUCGAGGGCUUCACCAGCCUGGCGUCUCAGUGCACGGCGCAGGAACUCGUCAUGACGCUCAACGAGCUGUUCGCCCGCUUCGAUAAAUUGGCAUCGGAGAACCACUGCCUCCGCAUCAAGAUCCUGGGGGAUUGCUACUACUGCGUGUCGGGGCUGCCCGAACCUCGGGCCGACCACGCCCACUGCUGCGUGGAGAUGGGCGUGGACAUGAUCGAAGCCAUCUCACUGGUGAGAGAGGUGACCGGCGUCAACGUGAACAUGCGCGUGGGCAUCCACAGCGGGCGCGUGCACUGCGGCGUGCUGGGCCUGCGCAAGUGGCAAUUCGACGUUUGGUCCAACGACGUGACGCUGGCCAACCAAAUGGAGGCCGGCGGGAAGGCCGGGCGCAUCCACAUCACCGAAGCCACUCUUCGCUACCUCAACGAGGACUACGAAGUGGAGCCCGGCUUCGGAGGGGAGAGGAACGCGUACUUGAAGGACAACGACAUUGAAACUUUCCUGGUGUUGGGCUGCAGCCAGAAGAGGAAAGAGGAGAAAGCCGCGAUGGCCAAGAUGCAGCGAGCGCGGGCAAAUUCCGCCGAGGGAUUGAUGCCACGCUGGGUGCCUGACAGAUCUUUCUCCAGAACCAAGGAGUCCAAAGUCUUCAGGCAGAUGGGCAUCGACGAAGCAUCCACGAAGGACAACCGCUGCGCUCAGGAGGCGCCGAACCCCGAAGACGAGGUGGACGAGUUCCUGGGCCGAGCCAUCGACGCUCGCAGCAUCGACCAGCUGCGCAAAGACCACGUCAAGAACUUCCUGCUCACCUUUCAAACCGCCGAGCUGGAGAAAAAGUACUCCAAAAAGGUGGACGACGGCUUCGGCGGUUACGUGGCCUGCGCCCUGCUGGUUUUCUGCUGCAUCUGCAUCAUUCAGAGCAUCGUCUUGAACAAAACUCCGCUGAUGCUGGGUCUGUACGUUAGCAUCUUCUUCAUCCUAAGCAACAUGGUCUUCAUCUCUUCCAUCUACUCGUGCCUCAAACUGUUCCCGGCCGCCUUCCGGACGCUCACCACGAAGAUUGUGCGGUCGCGUGCGAACAGCACACUGGUGGCCGUCUUCGCCGUCCUCCUCCUCUUCAUCGCCUCCUUCGCGAACAUGUUUACGUGCAGCAGAGCCGACUUGAAGGGCUGCGUGGCCGAGGAGCGGCGCAACGCGACGGCGGCGCUCUGCCUGCUGCGCAACCUCACCGAGACGGCCGAAGACGGCCGGACGUCGCGCUCCGGCCGGGCGGCGCCCUGCCAUUUCCCCGAGCAUCGGCAAGUUGGCGCUCAUGCUGCUCAUCCAGCUGGUCUUCCUGCUGCUGGUGGAGUGGCCUCACGUCAUCCUGUUCGACAACGCGGACCUGCUGCGCAAAGCCGGCGCGCUGCUGGCUUCCAACGCAACUGCAGAACAGUGCCUGGAGAGCGUGACCAAAGUGCCGCUGAAGGUCGUGACCCCCGUCAUCCUCACCGUCUUUGUUCUGGCGCUGUACUUGCACGGCCAGCAGGUGGAGUCCACCGCGCGCCUCGACUUCCUCUGGAAGCUGCAGGCCACCGAGGAGAAGGAGGAGAUGGAGGAGCUUCAGGCGUACAACCGCCGCUUGCUGCACAACAUCCUGCCCAAAGACGUGGCCGCGCACUUCCUGGCUCGCGAGCGGCGCAACGACGAGCUGUACUACCAGUCGUGCGAGUGCGUGGCCGUCAUGUUUGCGUCCAUCUGCAACUUCUCCGAGUUCUACGUGGAGCUGGAGGGCAACAACGAGGGCGUGGAGUGUCUCCGGCUUCUCAACGAGAUCAUCGCCGAUUUCGACGAGAUCAUCAGCGAGGAGAGAUUCCGUCAACUGGAGAAAAUCAAAACCAUCGGUUCCACUUACAUGGCCGCCUCCGGCCUCAAUGUGUCCACCUACGACCGAGAGGGUCGCUCGCACAUCCUGGCGCUGGCCGACUACGCCAUGAGGCUCAGGGAGCAGAUGAAGUACAUCAACGAGCACUCCUUCAACAACUUCCAGAUGAAGAUCGGGCUGAACAUGGGACCGGUUGUGGCCGGGGUGAUCGGAGCCAGGAAGCCGCAGUACGAUAUUUGGGGGAACACGGUCAACGUGGCCAGUCGAAUGGACAGCACCGGCGUACCGGACUACAUUCAGGUGACCACGGACCUCUACCGCGUGCUGGCCAACAACGGCUACCGGCUGGACUGCAGAGGGCUGGUCAAGGUGAAGGGCAAAGGCGAAAUGACCACCUACUUCCUCGCCAGCGGCCCCCCCGCCUGUUAACCGCGGGCCCGACCUCCGAGCUCCUCCGCAGGGUGGACAAAGGCUGUCUGUGCCUUGUCGCACGCACACACACACACACACACACAUGUGACUGUUGGUGGAGUUUGAAGUCUUUUUUUGGUUUUGCAUUUUUUUGGGGAAAGCCCAGUUGCCUUAAGAGGGGCGUCUGCUAUUUUCUCUGCACUCUUUAUUUAUUUUCUUGUUUUGUGCAGAUGGAUUUUCAGUGAUAAGAUAAGCGUACGUUCAUAUAUGAAGAGUGAACACGACCAAAGAACAGCACUGAGACUCUGUCCCAAGUAGGCUCACUUCAUCGGGUUUGUGAGGGACGCACGCACACACACACACAUACACACGCACGUAUCUUCAGGUGGACUAAAGUCCCACAGAUAAGGAACGCAAACAAUACGAUUGCAUCGUGUGUGUGUGUGUGUGUGUGUGUGUGUGGGUCAGUGGCGGUUCUAGCCCGUUUGGCCAGACUGGGUCCAAGGGUAUUUUCAGGGGGGCCACCCUCCAGGGACAUGCAAGAGCGCACCUGCCCUUUUGGGGCGCUCCUUUGGCCUUUUUUUUUUUUCUUUUUUUUUUUACGUGCGUGCGAGCGUGUGUAAGCCUGCCUGGGACCUUUCAUCAAUCAAAUGUAAACAUGCUGAAAAAAUGUAAGAAGAUAUUAUUCAUUAAGCAAUGGUGCACAAGAGAGGGGCGGGGCUGCGGCGUGCCCGCGGGAGUUGCUCAUCCACGAGUGAGAUUCACGUUUAGGAGACAUAAACGUUCCUCAGGUUUCACCAGAAUCAGAGGCGCCGUAAAAGAGCAGGGAAACAAGGCACCGCUGAUUAAUUCCCUCGCUUCCCCUUACUCGUGCACACAAACACAAUUUUACAGCCAUUCAAAUAAUUGAAUUCAUUUUGAAGACGCGGUUACAAGCAUUUCCGAGCCGCUCUCGAUCGCAGCAUAAGUCGUGGCGCGGACGCGAAAGAGCACCGCAGCUGAUCGAAACUGACACUUUUACAUGUUCAUGUAGACAAUGUAUGAGAAAUUAAUAGGACAUGCGAAUGGGAGUGCGAAUGCUCGUUUUUGUUUCUAUGUGCCCUGCGAUUGGCUGACGACCAGUUCGGGGCGUAUCCCGCCUCCCGCCCGAAGACAGCCGGGAUAGGCUCCGGCAGGCCCGCGACCCGCGUGAGGAGAAGCGGCACAGACGAGGGCUAGAUGGAUGCUAACGCGAAGUGAAAAUGUUGAGCGAGUCGGUGAUUGUGAAACGUCGCCCGUCUGUGCCUCGGUGGUCAAUCAGAAGUUAGCGUUUUGGUGGACUUGGUUGUGUCAUGAAGUCAAAUCAGAGCCCUGAUUCAAGACUGCUAUUUGGAAUUUGGACAAGGAAUUUGUCUCCGGUCGUCGGAGCCGCUCUAGUACGACUACAGACGGUCAAUUGACAGAGAACAUUUUGGAGACAGAAAGACGUUGACAAAAAAAAACAGUCACUGAGCAGUAAAAGGUCGCAAGUAAUCUGGUAAUGCCGGUUUACAUUUGGGGCUUUUUAUUGGAACAAUUGUGCAAAAAGAUGCAGAGUCUUCUAGCACUUAGAGCAGUUGGAAUGGCUAAUAUCGCAAUAGUCCGGUGCAAUGACCGUGGCGCAAAGGGCGCCGAGACUUCAAGCGAGUAGUGCGAUAGUCUGGGACAAUGUCGAUUGUGCAAAUGUUGCAGAAUGUUGCGCAAAUGGAGCAGAUGCUACUCUGGCAUGAGUGGCCGGUAUUGGUCAACGACAGAUAUGCAAAUCGUGCAGCGUGGCGAGACUACGACAGUGAGCGCACGAGUAAUAUACCGUAUACUGUUAGCUUGCUUGCUAGCCAUUUGAAUCGUACACUCAUUGCUUUUUACAUCCGUAUUCGUGGAGCAUUGUUAUGAAUAUUAUAGAUGCCAUAGCCUCUUAGAAGUUUCGGCGGGCCUCGGGAUUCCAAAGCGGGUUCCGAGUCGGCACUAUUUAGGAAUGACUGGGUUAGUGUUGGAUUCAAAACAUGUGCGAAAUUCGGCAAAACCGACGAUCACUUUUCUAAAAGCUGAAGUCUGCGAAUGCCUUGUUUUGGCCCCCCUGCUCCCCAGAACCGCCACUGCUGUGCGCGUGAGAGUGAGAGUGAGUGUGUGAAACAGCCUGCUGAACUUUUCACUGUGAGCUUUUUUGAUCCACGAUCGCGCGUUCUCGUUUGCUCGGUGUCGAUUCAUCGCCAGACUUUUGGCGAUGGCGAGAGAAUCGUGUCCACUCUGACCGGACGCCGAUGUCAUUCCAAGCCAGAAGAUUUCAACGCAAACGUCCGAAUAUAUUUUGAGACUUGCUUUCGUGUCGAUGUGAAGCAGCCGCAUCGGACCAAUGUUCCAAGCGGGACAAAGACGAACUGACCACUGAGGGACACGCGCCGCUUUGGGAUUCCCGUGUGCUGCGAAUGAAGAAAUACAGCGUGCAGGACUUCCAUUGCACGUGCACCGCACAUCGCAGUGUUGGAGGAGCUGACCUUCGGGUGGCGGCGCACGAUGUUUCUGCCUUCGUCACCGUUUGGUGGACAGGAUUAGUUGUGUUUGCCUUCAUUGUGUGUUCCUUCUGUUGAUGCACUUCUACAGCGCGACUGUCGUAUCUAUUUUACAAAAUAAAAGAAAAUUGUCCGACCGCUUCCGUCGCAGGCCGCGUGUGGCUCGGGUUCGGACAUUCGAGAAAGCCUAACCUCUUCUCCUUUUCCCAAAGAAAGCCGCCUCCGGUUUCGGGGGGGGCUGCGUCGUUGCUCGCGCACGAAUAAGGCAUUUCUGUCCAGCCGGCGGCAAAGUUCUCACAUUGCUCCGUGCCGAACGGGAACUUCACCUCGCACACCGAAACGGCGGCCGUGUAAGGCCGCUCUUUGGCUUGUUGGACAUUUAAUCACAGCCUCACCGCUUCAUCGCAAUCAAGUGCCUUUCAAAACCUAUUCGCUGUGUUAUUCGAUUGUUUGGACCGACGCGUGGAAUUUCAACCGUGCAACAGAUUGACGGUACUGCUGUUAGUAGUAGUAUCAGAAAUUAGGAGAGGAAUCUAGAUCAUCUUUAUUGGCCUAGCGUGUCAAAACCCACAUUUGUUUUGCAGACAGAUCGACAUUGCAAAUGAGAAUCUGUCCUCAAAAGAAGGGUUCAAACAUGCGCUGUAUCUUUUUCUAAAUUGUAGUACUCGAGCAUAAAGACUAUAACAAAGUAUACUUUUGAAAAUACACCAAAUUACAAGGUGCGGAGAGUCACGAUGAAGUGCGCUAAUACACAAACAAAAGAUAUUUGGGCAUGACGCUACACCCAUGAAUGCUCAGGAUGAAAAGGCACGAAAGAGAUGAAUUGUUUAAGAAGUUGAUGGCAAGGAGAAAGAAGCUGUUGGAAAGUCUGCUGCUUUUGUUGGACCAGCGGAGAAAAGCGAAAGGUGCUGAUGACAAUUCCUUUUCUUCUCCAUAUUUAUUUCAUUUCUGUUUUUUUU